CAUUUCUUGGCGCUAGAAAGAACGAGUUGUCUCUGAACCAGAAUCAACAAAACAAAGGAAAGGUGCUUAUUGGUCUCGCGCUCGACGCUACACGUGGUAUCAGAGCCUGGCUCUGUUGAAAGGAUCUCGCGAUCUCCGGAGUAAUCAAAAUGGCAUCGGGAUCGGGAAGUGGAGCGGUUUUGUACCUUGCCGAUGGAUUCUCUCAGAAUCGACCACCACGAUUUGAAGGGGUCAACUAUGGCUACUGGAAGAAUCGAAUGGAACUCUUCAUAGGAUCAACCGAUCCAAAGAUUUGGGAUAGAUUUCUUGAUGGACCUCUGGAGGUGAAAGCUAACCGAAGCAAAUGGACAGAUGAAGACCGAGACAAGCACCAGCAAAACUGCAAGGCCACAAACCUCAUGUACUGCGCACUUGGAUCGGAAGAGUAUCACAAGGUAUCAGGCUGCAAAACUGCCAAAGAGAUCUGGGAUAAACUCCAGGUAACAUACGAAGGAACUUCCCAAGUCAAAAUCUCAAGAAUCAAUAGUCUGAAAACAGAAUUUGAAUUGUUUAAGAUGAUGGAAGGAGAAACUAUUAGACAGAUGUAUGAGAGGUUCAGAACUACGGUAAAUAGUUUGGAAAACAUGGGGAUUUCAUAUGAAAGUGGUGAUUUGGUACGGAAGCUGCUGUGGUCAUUGCCGACGAAGUGGGAAGCUAAGGUUACGGCAAUAGAAGAGGCCAAAGACCUGAGUAAGUUACCGGUAGAUGAGCUAAUUGGAUCACUUACUACAUAUGAGGAGAAGAUUAUCAGAGAGUCUAGGGAAGAGCAGAAGAAAGAAAAACGCGGGAUAGCGUUCAGGACUCAAGUGUACGAGGAAGAGUGUGACAGUUAUCAGGACAUGGAUGACGAUGAACUUGCAAUGCUUAGUAAUCAUAUCUCCCAACUGAUGAGGAUGAGAAAAGAAAGAAGAUGAGGGCAGUUUGCGAGUCAACAUAAAGACAGAGAUCUUGAUCGAGAACAAAUCAGUGGGAAGCAGGGUAUGAGUCAUUCAAAAAUAAAGAGGGACACUGCUCAAGUCGAGAAGAUUCAAUCAGGAUGCUUCAAAUGUGGAAGGCAAGGCCAUGUCAAGGCUGACUGUCCGUUGUGGAGAAAAGAAAAGGGAUGCCCGCUACAUGGAGUUGCAGUGACGACGACGAAGAUGAUUUCGAGGAUCAUUCUCGAAAGAAGGAUACAUGCUUAAUGGCCAUUGAUGACUUGGCCCUCGACAGCAAACCAUCUGAGGUAUGUAAAACUCCUGAAUUUAGUGAGUCUGACUACUAUAGUGAUGAUGAUCCGUUAACUACUACAAUAAGGAGUAUUCAGCUUGAAUUUGCAGCCGUUAAAGUCAAAUAUAACAAAUUAAAAGAGGAAUUUAUUGAGGCUAAAGAUGAAAAGAACCAACUGUACAAACAGGUUAAUGAUUACAAGCUUAAGUGUCAUGAUCUAACCAACACAGUUAGCACAUUACAAAAGGAAAAACUAGAGUUACUCACUCAGGUAAGGAAACUCAAAGAAAAAAAUAGCGUCGAGUCUGGAAACUGCCACAGUCAUUACAAACAUGUAGUAGAGAAUCUAAACCUGUAGAGUGCUACUAUUGCCAUCGAGAGGGACACAUCAUUAAGUUUUGUAGGAAACGUAUGGUGGCAGAAAACUGGAAAAGACUAACUUGUGUUGAGGCACGUUCUGCUUAUGGUAGAAAAAUUCAAAACAACAACGCACCCAAGAUGAUCUGGGUACGGAAAACAAGUUGACUGCUAAUUGUGCAGGAUGGUCUUCGAGUGAGCAGGAAGACAAACAAGUGGAUUCUGGACAGCGGCUGCUCACGUGAUAUGAUGGGUAACAAAGAACUGUUCACUAAAUUCAAAGAAGGUAAAGGAGGUAAAGUAUUCUUCGGAGACAAUAACUCAGCAGAAAUCUUAGGGGUCGUUUGCUUGUUGGAUUUGGGUCAUGGAUUUGGUACCCAAAUCCCAAGCUUGAUGGAUUUAACAUAAGUCCAUUGUUUGUUGAAGGGUGCUAAAUCCGUGGGGUCCACAGAUUUGGUCUUUAUUUUGGAACCAAAUCCGUGGACCCCACGGACUUGUAAAUCCCACAUAUUGAUUUGGGAUUUGCAAAUCCUUGAUGGUUAGAUAUUUAUUUAACAAAUCCAUCACAAAUCCAUCAUCAAAUCUAUCAUGCGAACAUUAGACUCUUUAAAUCCAUAAUCCAAUAAAUCCAACAUAAAUCCCAAGGUUUUUA